AAGAAGAUCCAGGCGGGUUCUGUGGUGGAGAUGCAGGGAGACGAAAUGACCCUGGUCAUCUGGGAACUCAUUAAGGACAAACUAAUUUUCCCCUACAUGGAGCUUGCCUGCCACAGCUACGACCUGGGAAUGGAGAACAGAGAUGCAACAGAUGAUCAGGUGACCAUUGAGGCAGCUGAGGCAGUCCGCCGUUACAACGUGGGUAUCAAGUGCGCGACCAUCACGCCAGAUGAGAAGCGUGUGGAGGAGUUCAAGCUUAAACAGAUGUGGCGCUCACCAAACGGGACUAUACGCAAUAUCCUCGAGGGCACAGUGUUCAGAGAGGCCAUCAUCUGUAAGAACAUCCCUCGCCUGGUGACUGGAUGGGUCAAACCUAUCAUCAUUGGCAGACAUGCUCAUGGAGACCAGUACAAAGCCACGGAUUUUGUGGUUCCAGGCCCUGGGAAGGUAGAGAUGACCUACACGCCCACGAAUGGACUGCCAGUCACGUUUGUUGUCCAUGAGUUUGAGGGCUCAGGUGGUGUAGCACUGGGAAUGUACAAUACGGAUAAGUCCAUCAGGGACUUUGCCCACAGCUCCUUCCAGAUGGCUCUGUCCAAAAGCUGGCCUCUCUACCUCAGCACCAAGAACACCAUCCUAAAGAAGUACGACGGCCGAUUCAAAGACCUCUUCCAGGAGAUCUACGAGAAAGAAUAUCAUGCUCAGUUUGAGGUCCAGGGUAUCUGGUAUGAGCACCGUUUAAUAGACGACAUGGUGGCCCAGGCCAUGAAGUCUGAGGGAGGGUUCAUCUGGGCCUGCAAGAACUAUGACGGAGACGUGCAGUCCGACUCUGUGGCCCAAGGUUUGCUACGGCUCCCUGGCUUGAUGACCAGUGUGCUGGUGUGUCCUGAUGGCAGGACUGUGGAGGCAGAAGCUGCACAUGGCACAGUGACCCGUCACUACAGACAGCAUCAACAAGGAAAGGAAACAUCCACCAACCCCAUAGCCUCCAUCUUUGCGUGGACGCGCGGACUGCUGCACCGGGCAAAGUUGGACAACAACGCUGAGCUGCGAGUCUUCGCUGAAGCUCUGGAGGCGGUUUGCAUUGAGACCAUUGAAGCUGGUUUCAUGACCAAGGACUUGGCUAUCUGCAUUAAAGGACUGCCAAAUGUGACACGUGCUGAUUACUUGAACACAUUUGAAUUCUUGGACAAGCUGGCAGAGAACCUGAAGAUGAAGCUCGCCAACCAGCCAAAGCUGUGAUCUCACCGCCUUGCGUCCACAGACAAGCACUUGUACCCACAGACCAACCCACCAGGACUACACAGACCACAGAGUCCAGGACACCAGGAGACCUACAGACCAACCCACCAUGACUACACAGACCACAGAGUCCAGGACACCAGGAGACUUAGAACUCCUAAGUUUAAGACAUUUUAAGUCACAGAGUUGUGCAUAAUUAGGGGCGUGGUCAAGCUGAGUUUGGGUGACCAUAUUCUGACUACUGAAAAACCAGGACACUAGGCCCGGCAAUGUGAUACUUGAAGUUUACUCAAAAGAUGCCUUAUAAUUUCAAUACAUUUAAAGUAUGCUUCCUCUAUAUGGUUAGAAAAUUGUUAUAUUACAAAUACUAUCUAUAACCAAAGACACAAAUUUAAAUAGGCUUCUCAGAGAAACCAGGACAUGUCCUGGGAAAACAGGAUGUUUGGUCAUCCUGCGCCGAGCGACAGGCAGUCUGUGCCAAGCUCCAACUCCACCGCUAGCUGUGGCUGCUAGUUGCUGUGGAGGACCACUUCUGCUUUUCUGAGCAUUAUUUUUCAUGUCUGUAAUAAUAUGGCUUGUGUAAUUAUUUGUCCAAACAGAUUGUCUAAGACAUCUGUGCUCCAGUAUUUCCAUCAAUAUAAAUUUUAUGUUAUUUAAUUUUGCAUAUUGGCAUUAUUAGCAGUUUUAGCAGCCGUUGUUAGCUUGAUGAUGUUAGCUCCAGUUAAUCCAUGAUUACUUACUAAGAUUGUCAUCAUUUUUAAUGCCCACAAAACGUCAUUAAAACUUCCACCUAGUCCCCAAAAAUCUGAUUUAAUAAACACCCAAACUGAGGUUAGCCUCUUAGCUUUAGCUUGUACAGUAACUCUGAGAAAGGGGUGUGUUCAGGCUUCGUUUGUCCGGCCCAUGUCUUGCGGGGUCUCACCCACUCUCCACCUCUUUACGUGUUUAUCAGUUAGCCGGGGCGUAGGCAGAGUGUGCACUGCCAGUAUGGCGACACUCA